AUGGCUAACGAGUUAAAGGACGAGUCAUCGGCGGCGGCGCCGCCGCCACCGCCACAGCCGUCGGAGUUGAUUCACGCGGCGGCCAACGGUCUGACCGAACGGGCAAAAGAGUUGAUCGCUUCGGGAGCUGAUGUCAACGGUGUAGAUGAGCACCAUAACAGUGCCCUACACGAGGCCGCCUGGAAUGGCUACAGUCUGACCAUUGAAUUGUUGUGCAAACAUAAAGCAAAUUUCUAUAAUAAAAAUAAGCAAGGUCAUAGUGCACUGCACCUGGCCUGUCAACAGGGACACAACCAAAGUUGUCGGAUACUUUUACUCAAUGGCUGUAAGCCGGACAUCAAAAAUAAUUUUGGUGACACACCUCUGCACAGUGCUGCCCGUUAUGGACACGCAGGUGUUGUCAGGAUAUUAUUGAGCGCCUUCUGCAAUGUCAAUGAAGUCAAUAAGAAUGGUGAUACAGCAUUACAUAUAUCGGCUGCUAUGGGUCGCAAAAAGUUGACCAGGAUACUAUUGGAAACCGGAUCCAAUCCGACCAUUCAAAAUAAGCAAGGAGAGACACCGAUGAGCAUAUGUAUCCGAAAAAGCUAUACCGAUGUCCAGGAGAUUAUCGCUAAUCCUCCGCCCGUGAAGUUGCCGACGACACCGAACGGGUCGAAAAGCGGAUCGAAAAAAGAGUUGCCGACAAAAAGUGCGGCCAAACGGGAAAAAGAGAGCUCUCAGGGCAGCAAAGACAGCGGCGAACUGAGACGACAGGAAAGGUUUAAGAAGACCCGAUCGGGAUCGAGCCGUUCGGUUCACUUUACCACCGAUGGCGUGAAGACAACGCCAACGACGGCGACAACAAAUGCCAAAAAUAAGGACAAGAAAACGACAUCGGCCACAAAACUGGUCGGUCAGUCGUGCGAAUGGAGUCCAUACGGCUGUCAUAUGCAUCCGGAUGUCAAUGAUUUUCCGAAACCCAAAUUGAAUACACUGCCAGCUGAUCCGUUAUCCAAAGGUGAACAAUAUUUUUUGGAUUUAGCCGGCAAUAUACGUAAAGGACCGGUAGCCAAAUCAAACAAAUGCUAUUGUCGGCCAUUGAUCAGCGAUAUGGAGAAGCGUAUGGAAAAAGACAAACAAGAGCUGAUCCAACACAUUGACUACGCGCACGAAGAUCUAACUGAAAAGAUUUGUUCGCUCGAGAAGAAAACAGAGACACAGUUGGUGUCGCUGAACGAAGCCGUCCAUCAGAAGCUGUCCAACGAAAAACAUGAAUGUACUGAACGACUGCAUCGGACGGCGCUCAGGGAACGAAUAGAUAGUCAACGAUUCCAGAGACUGCAGAUGGAACAGCUUAAGGGUGAAGUAAAAACAUGGUUGGCCUCGAAACUGGAUCACCAUCGGCGCAGUUUUAGUGAACACUUGGAUAGGUAUCGUGAAGUAGAGAACAGUCAGAAUAGGCAUCCCAUGAACAGUGGUGGUGGUGGUAGUGGUGGCGGAGUCGGUGGUGUUGGCGGUCAUCAUCUUCAACAGCAAAUGUAUUGCAGUAAUCAUAAUCUAUCGUCGCGUGCAUACCAUUCCAGUUAUCAUAAGCAUAAUCAUCAUCAGAGUCUACAUCCACAACAUUUGUUAGAGCGCACCGGUAGUCAUGUCAAAGUGCAAGCAGAAGUACAUAAUGUGCAUCAACAAGAUCACCAACAGCAACAACAAUUGCAACAACAACAACAGCACCGACAGUCAGAUUAUCAAAGUUUUAGAGGUUUACAGAAAUCCGGUGACAGUUUAAGCAAUGGUGUGAUUGAUAGUCAACAACAACAACAACAACUAAAGAUAUUGAGAUCUAAAUCUGAUAUGUAUUUAACUGGAAGACCGGCAGACAAUGAAUCAGACAGUGAAGAGGAGGACAGUAAUGCUGAAGAAGAACAAGAAGAAGAAGUUGAAGAUAACGAUGAGAUAAAUGAAUCGACUUCUAGUGUUACUGUCAGAGCUAACAACAAUUAUAACAACAACAACAACAAUGACAAUCAUCAGUGCAGUGAACCGUCACAUCAUGAGAUAACAGUGCCAAACGUAGACAGAGAAACAGUCAAUAGUAAUAAUAAUAAUAAUAAUAGCAGUAGUAGUACUGUUGGAGAUCAUUAUCAUCAUCAGCAGCAACAACGACAACCUGUUUACGGUAUCGACGACAUWGCCAAUAGUGACUGUCCAAUAAUGGACAACAAACCUAAACAACCGUUAACCAUACGGACCAGUACGGACACUAUUAACGACGGCCAUACAAUAUCAGARCUGAACAGCGCUACCAGUUCGCUGGAGAUGACAGCCCAUAAYAGCGGCAAUKGUCAACAAUUGCCAUCAGAUCCGGAAAUGAUCAGUGCCGACAUCAAUCUGUCGGCCGAUCUGAUGAAAGCGUUGCGCUGUAACGGGUCAGUGGCCAACAAUCAUACUGGCGAACACUCGGACUCGCCGUUCAACGAUUCCGGUUAUCGGACAAAGUUUUCGCCGUCGCCACGGGAACAACAGCUACAGCAGCAGACAACAGUGCACGGCUCGCCUAUACAGCAUGUCGUUCCUUAUCAGCACAGGCAUGUCAAUCAACAACAUCCACAUCAGCAGCCAAUGACAUCAUACCAGUCGAUAGCUUAUCAUCAAUCAUCAGUCCAUCAGCAGCAGCAACAACAACAACAACAGUACGGACGCGUUCAAGCUUACGAUCCGCCAAUAGGUCUGCCCACACAACACAUACCAGUGCCGCACGUGAGAAGACUGACAACAACAUCGACAAAUCAAUUAGCUUUUAACAACAACAACAACAGCAACGGAGGCACUGCUAAUGGAUAUAAUCAGCGGUCAUAUAGUGGGCCCAACUCUAGUUUGGUGUGA